AUGUCAAGAGGUAGAAGAAAAAUAAAAGAAAAAGAAAUUGAUAAUCAGCAAUUAGUGUAUUCGUUUUGCGAGGGUGCAUGCUCAGAUACAUUUAAAAAAAGAUCAGCUAAAUGCUCUGAAAAGGUUUCAUCAUUUUUUUCUAAUAGCUUGGAAUCAAUUUCAGAUGUUGAUAAGCAUGCGGUUCAGAGUGCUUUGAAUUUUGUUCAUACAUGGUAUGCUCUAAACAAAGAACCGGAACAAUACGUAUUAAAUCUAAUAGUAUUUGCAAUUCUGAAAUUCCCAGACUUCACACCACACUUAACUGUAUUACUUAAAUACUUCGAAAAUGAUGAUUGGCUCUAUUAUUCUCUUCGAUAUUCAUUGAAAAAAGAUAAUAAUAUUGUUAAAACGUCAAUUAAGGAGAAUCAUCCUAUAUGGUAUAUAUUUGUCGAUAAAAUUGCAAAAGAUGUUAGUAAAAAACGAAAUACAUUUAAAUCUCAAUUCCAAUCAAGAAGCGUUAGAUGCAUAAUUGAAGUGUUUGUACUCUUUUGGGCGGAUACUAGUUGUGGUUUUGCACCAGCUGACAAAGCAAAAUCUUUUAUUAAUUUUUGCAUCGAAGCAAAUAAUCAUACAGCUCAUCAGCUACUAUCAAAUAUGUUACUACUAUUUCCUGAUGAUUUUGAUCAAGAAAACUAUCAGCAAUAUAUUUCAUCGGCUGAAUUUACUGAUUAUAAAUCACAUUAUGAUGGUAACACAGGUAAAAUCAUCAUAUAA